CGGGUGACUCAUCCACCGAGGGGGUUCAUUUCCGUGUAUACUCACCAUUUGGAGAAUGGUCUCCGCUUUCCUCUGGAUCCGUUCGUAUCCGAGCUUUUGGUGUCGUACAACAUUAGUUUGGCCCAGCUCACACCCAAAUCUAUGAGGCACAUAAUCGGAUUUAGAUGGGUGUGUGACUUCGUCAAUUUCCCCUGCUCUGUCGCUGUCUUUCGGGAUCUUCACGAUCUGGUUCUCAACCAUGCUUCCAAGGGUGAUGGGUAUGGUUGGUGGACCAUUGUCAACAAGAAGUCCCGAAAAAGGGGGGAUCCGAACUACAUCACGGCGUACCCCUACCUUAGCUCUGACCACAAUUGGAAAACGGAGUGGUUGCUUGUCCGUGUGCCGACGGAUCCGAAGCAUCCCAACUUUUAUCGUCCUCCGAAGUGGUUCGUGGCUCCUGAUCCUGAUAUGAGGGGUGUGGCAGCUCCAGAUCGGAACCAUCGCCACUAUGUGGACCUCCUCCAGUGGUUCUUGGCUCAAGAGGAUAACCAUCGACUGCCGUCUAGCUGGCUUCCGAAUCUCAAUUACAUUUUGAGGGAGGACAUUCUUGCUGUUGCCGGUCUCAGCAGGAUCUUUGACAGGGAGUACGGCUUUAGCCGCAUUGAUCCUAAGAAGUUGGGCAUUUCUUUGGAUUUGAAGACUAUUCACGACCCGGCUCCCGAGUACAAGUUCGGAAAAGAUAACCCUCGUAAUCCUCGUCUGAAGGAUUACGUGUUGUCUCCUUCAGGGGUUGCUCGGAUAUCCGAAGUUCGAGCUGAUCCGUGGGAUUCCGCCUCCUCUGUUGAAGCUGUUCCUGUGAAGGUUGUGCUUCCUGAGUUGAAGAAAACUUCGGACCCGGUGAGUGUUCAUUUAUAGACCCUAAAGAGAUUUUCUGUUUUGUCUUUUUC